AUGUUUCUGUCUCUGCCUACGAUGACGGUACUCAUCCCGCUGUUGUCUUUAGCUGGACUGUUUUAUUCGGCCAGCAUUGAUGAAAACUUCCCUCAGGGUUGCACAAGUACAACCAGCCUGUGUUUCUACAGCCUGCUGCUUCCAGUUACCAUCCCAGUUUAUGUGUUCUUCCACCUCUGGACCUGGAUGGGCCUUAAACUCUUUCGCCACAACUAGGUUAGGCUGAAAUGGGUGGACAUGGACUAAAAUAUGUGCUUUCCUUUUAUCUGUCUGCAAUAGGAUCCGAAAUCUUCCCUAACAAGUAGUGGGCUAAACAUAUUUAAAUAAACAUCCACACAAGCGAAUAGAAAACUUGCUUUUACCCUUCCAACUCUAGCAAUCCUAGUUCCAAACCAAAUCCAUAGGAAUGAUGAUGGAUCAUACAGAUAAGGUGGAUGAAACACACUGUAAUUUCACGAGCUAUCUGCUUUGCCCACAAGAAAGUGUCUACAUUGCCAUCUUUGGGCCUGUAUAGUCAACCCUGUGCAGAAAUAUACCUUGGAAGAACUUUAAAGUGUUGCCAGAUGCUUUCAAGCCGUUUUCACAGUUCCUUGGAAGAAUGGCAUUUAGUGCAGAAUAAUACUUGAUGACACACUAAAUGGAUUUUCUGUCAUGGCGCUAUUGUGUUUCCAGGAUGUCUUUUAACAUUGUUGGACAUGGUGAUAAUAGUACUCAGGAUUUUGCUUUCAUUAAAUUGCACUGUUUUCUACAUAUAGCUUUUAUGCUUGAAUGAGUGAUAUUAACAGAUUGUGAUCAAAACAGAAUUAUAAGGAAACCGAAAGCAAUGAUUUCCCACUAAUAAAGCAACUGAAAAACCA